GAGAGACAGAGAGAGAGACAGAGAGAGAGAGACAAAGAGAGACAGAGAGAGAGAGAGAGAGAGAGACAGAGAGACAGCGAGAGAGAGACAGAGAGAGAGACAGAGAGAGAGACAAAGAGAGACAGAGAGAGAGAGAGACAGAGAGAAGAGAGAGACAGAGAGAGAGACAGAGAGAGAGACAGAGAGAGACAGAGAGAGAGAGAGAGAGAGAGACAGAGAGACAGAGAGAGAGACAGAGAGAGAGACAGAGAGAGAGACAAAGAGAGACAGAGAGAGAGAGACAGAGAGAAGAGAGAGAGAGAGAGAGAGAGAGAGAGAGAGAGAGAGAGAGAGAGAGAGAGAGACAGAGAGAACAGAGAGAGAGAGAGAGAGAGAGACAGAGAGAGAGACAGAGAGAGAGACAGAGAGAGAGACAGAGAGAGAGAGAGACAGAGAGAGACAGAGAGAGACAGAGAGAGAGACAGAGAGAGAGAGAGAGAGAGACAGAGAGAGAGACAGAGAGAGAGAGAGACAGAGAGAGACAGAGAGAGAGAGAGAGAGAGAGACAGAGAGAGAGAGAGAGAGAGAGACAGAGAGACAGAGAGAGAGACAGAGAGAGAGACAGAGAGAGAGACAGAGAGAGAGACAGAGAGAGAGAGACAGAGAGAGAGACAGAGAGAGAGAGAGAGAGAGAGACAGAGAGAGACAGAGAGAGAGAGAGACAGAGAGAGACAGAGAGAGAGACAGAGAGAGAGAGAGAGAGAGAGACAGAGAGACAGAGAGAGAGACAGAGAGAGAGACAGAGAGAGACAGAGAGAGACAGAGAGAGAGACAGAGAGAGACAGAGAGAGAGAGAGAGAGAGAGAGAGAGAGAGACAGAGAGACAGAGAGAGAGAGAGAGAGACAGAGAGAGAGAGAGAGAGAGAGAGAGAGACAGAGAGAGACAGAGAGAGACAGAGAGAGAGAGACAGAGAGAGACAGAGAGAGAGAGAGAGAGAGAGAGACAGAGAGAGAGACAGAGAGAGAGAGACAGAGAGAGACAGAGAGAGAGAGAGAGAGAGAGACAGAGAGAGACAGAGAGAGAGAGAGAGA